CACAAUUAACGCGCUCUCUUUCAAAUCUACAGUCCCUGGUUCUGAGUAACGCUACAAAAAUUCUCCAAUUUUAACUACCAAUAAGAAGCAAGAAUAACAUGUGCAGUUUUACGUCAACUAAAGCUAAUUAACAGCAAUUUUUAUGUAGAAAUAACGCUGCAUGCCUAUAACACGCUGAACGCUUAUAACUAAAUUUACCUAAACAUGUAUCUGUAGCCAAGUUAUGGAGUAAACAAGCAAUGUUAAAGGUUCUACCGCGAUCCUAACGAGUUCACCAUGCGAUCCAUCUAAGUGAACCGCAGGAAAAACAACUAAUCACUACGCAAUUCUGUGUUUAUAGCAAAUAAUUUACCAACUACGUGUAGCAAUUAUGGUAAGAAGAAAAAUGCCCGAAAGCAAUGGAAAAGUUCCAACACAUCCACUGCAGAUCUCUUCAUGCGAUAAUUUGACCUUGCUUCUAGUCUAAUUGUUUCAAACUCUAACCAGGGGCGGACUGGCUGGUCGGGCUAUUCGGGCAAUCGCCCGAAGGGCCGGUCAGUUUAAGGGCCGGUCAAUAAGAGUGCAAAAAAAUAAAUUGGUUUAAAAAGUGAAUGCGAGGAGAAAAAAGUAUACCCACGUGUUGAUCUGUUUGCCUUGAAUUUUCAGAGACUUUGUGAGAAAGAAUAAAUAUACACGCGAGUACUUCAAAACCAUCAAAAUUGUGAAUUCAUUAUUGUCAUGCUGUAUUAUCCAGUUGAUGGAUAAAACAUGUUGGAUAUGUUGGAUAAAACAGCAUGUUUCUUCCAACAUAAGAAACAAAACUGCCCCUCGUCUUCCAACCAACAUAAGAAAGAGAACAGCCUAUUUCGAUCCACAACUGGGUAUAUAUUUUUCAUCGUGUUCUUUCGGACCCUGAUUCUGACGUUUUAUGCUCUGAGCAGUGUCAGACAAAAAAGCUUUUAGUAUGUCGUAAAAUGUUUGCUUUUUUCAAAGCCAUUAACCAGGCUCUGUUAACCAUGUUCUGUUAACCAUGUUCUGUUAACCAUGUUCUGUUAACCAUGUUCUGUUAACCAUGUUCUGUUAACCAUGUUCUGUUAACCAUGUUCUGUUAACCAUGUUCUGUUAACCAUGUUCUGUUAACCAUGUUCUGUUAACCAUUCAUCCAUGCACAAAAUUACUGAAUUUAAAAACUUGUUUUCCGUACAGACUAAUAUUUUCUAGCAUUUUCCGAGGAAUUUUUUAUUUGCUAUUAUUAUGGGCCGGUCUGAUCAAAAUGUGCCCGGGCCGAAAAAUUAGCCAGUCCGCCUCUGAAACACAUUUACCGAAUGCUUUUUAAACAGUUAUAAUUGGGUUCAAACUCCAAAUUCGACCUGUUGCAUAAGCAAGUUUUCUGAAACUAAGUCACUUCCUCGCUAGCACUUUACAUUUGACAACUUGUUAAGGACUCCAUCCUUUUCACUUAUAAAGCGUGCAUUGACCGUAGGGAGAGGGUCUGGAACAGGGAUGGCAAGUGCUUUUCAAUUAUUACAGCAUUUUGAAAAGAUCAGUUUUAACUUGACUUUUCUUCUCCAUUUUUCUCAUAUGUUUCAAAACCCGUGAAAAGUUUAAGCUCGCUGCCCACUCUUAUAAAUUGAUCUCACAGCGCCCCUUUAUUUGCAAAUAUUGUUACUCAUGCAGUAUGCAUAAAAACUUUAUGAAUCCGUCUAAUUUUACUAUUUUAUCUUCGUUUGUAUACUAAUCCUUUCCUGCAGGCGUCUACUUUCAGCUUAGAACCUGACUCUUUCAGGUCUGAUAGAAACCCAAACGCCCUUUCAUCUUCUUGUAGACCAGGCAUUUAGUCUUUCGAUAUAGUCUGUCAUACAGGCUAGUCUUCUUGUUGCUUAUGCUAUAAUCGUUCGAAAGACUGUUUACCAAUCUGUUAACUAAUCAACUUCCUUUGUUUUGACAUAAAAAUUGUUUAGCAAAGAGACCCAGUUAAAGCUUUAUAGCAAAUAACAAUCACCAAUCAUCUUUUCCUCAAGUCAUGGAUUAUUAAUGAGACGAAACAGACUUUUAGAAGCAGGUAUUUUUCUUUCAGUAGCUAGUUUCAGACGCGGUACUGCUUGGGAUAACACCAUGCAUGUAUCUUUCGUGUCUCAGUGCGUUUUUUAAUCUGACUGUUUUGUUGAAUUCAUGAAUUUAUCGAGUUAGCAUGUCCUUUGCUGGCGGGGACUCAAGCCAUUUCAACAAAAGUCGAUUCCCAGUGCAAACUUUGAAACGUAGAAUUGAAGGGAGGUCAAUGUCAGCAAGCUAUUGCUCUGAAGAUUACUUGGAAUUGAAGAUGGUUAACGAGCAGAUAAGAAAAUUACGAAGUGAGAACAAAUCUUUGGGUGAAGCACUGGAAGAUUUAGCCACUGAAAAACUCUCUUUUAUGGAAGAUGCAGAAAAAUCGAAGGAGAAGAUCGUUGUGUUAGAACAAAAGGCGAAACAUCUUGAGCAGCAGAUUGUAAUAGCAAAAAGUGAACUGGACGAGUCAAAAUCAUCUAAUUUGCAACUUAAGGAGCAGCUGGAAGAUUACAUUUUGCAGGCUUCUAGAAUGAGUUUCACUGCCAGCAAUUCACUUUUAAACGAGCUUGAAUCAAGCAUUCACGAAGAAGGUGAUAGAAUGUUUGUAGAUAGCAAAUUGGACGACAAUGACGAAUUCACACCAAAAUUCAUGUCUAGUCCUGAUCGGUUACGAAAUGGACGAGUUUCUUCCUUGGAAUGUGAAAGAGAGGACAAAGAAUCUCCAGCUACCGAUCAUCAGUACUUAAGAAAUAACUCCAGCGAUUCAUCGACAACAGAGUGUUUGGAGAGGCAGAUUGAAGAGCUCAACAAAAAACUAAACGAAUCAACGAGGAGUUAUGAACAGUUAUAUAAAAAAUACACGACGAACGUUGGUCAGUUGAGAAAUGCUGAAACGAGAAUUAUUGAUAUGGAGCAGCAGGUUAAUUACUAUCAAAGAGAGCUUGAUAUGUAUAAAAAGGAGAGAGAAAUCAUUAUGAACGAAGGUUCCAUUGAUACUGCAUUAGCAAUCUCGUUAGAGGAUAGGCGUAAAGCGUAUAAAGGAGAAAACGAAGCAUUAAGACAAUUGGAGCAAGCAAAAUCAGACAUGGUUAAAUUGAACAACCAGUUAUUAGAAGCAGUACAGCAGAAAUUGGAAUUGUCAGAACAGCUGGAAAUGUGGCAGGUCGACAUGGCAGCACUUAUCGAGAAACAACUGAACAAGACGCCGGGAAAACAAGAGAGCAAAGGACACAGGAAAUCAAGGCUAUUUACGGGUAGAUGGUCUUGGUCCUCGGCGACAAAAGCAAGCUAGGGUUAUGUAAUUACAAAUUAAAUGCAAAGUAACACUGUCGUCUUGUGAAGGCUGAACAGUGUUGUAUUAUAUUCUUGUUUAGAAUGUUUAGAAAUAUCAAAAUAAAUUUAUUUGUAUCUUUAAAUUGAGGGGAUUCGAUCAAUCAGUAGUGAUUAGAAUGAUUGGUGUGAUUAUGAUUAGUGAUUAUGAUAAGUGAUUAUAUUUUUGUGUACAUAGGCCGUUGUUUAGUGAUAAUUUUAUUUAAGUUUUGCUUUAAGCAAAGAUUGGCACCAGGUCAGCGGGUCUGUAUGGCAAAAUUGGUCCAUAAAAAUUCGGGGAUUGCCAGCAGGCUGGAUAAGUAAAUUAAAAAUGGAUGGAACUAGCUGCAUUCCGUUGCAAUCAACAAUUUGCAAACUUUAAAUAUCACGCGAAUCAUAUUUUUAGAUUCAUGAAUGCAUCUUUUACUGUGAGAGCUGCUUUGAUGGUCAAGCAAUGGUCCCUUCACCUAUCAUAUUUUUGUAGAAUCCGAGAAAAAUUGGGGCAACGUUUUCCUGAUUUGAUUAUUUUAAAAAUGCAUUGGCUGAAAUCCAACAUCGUUUGCCACAAAUCCUUAUCCAAUUUUUUUUCUUAAUUUUGUUCCUAAUAACAAUUUUUAUCAAUUUGACCCCAAAAGUCACACAGAAUUGAACAAUAACAAAUAAUUAUGGUUUUUUGCUUUGGUUUUUAAAAAAGAUUUCUUGAGCGAACUAAAGUAGCUUAAGAUCAAAAAUACAAUUUCCUUUUAUUUGAGACCCUACAAGUUGGCCGAAAUAUUUAUCCUCAGAAUUUAUUGUAACCCGUUUAGAUAUCAUUUUGAAUGCUAAACCUUUUUUAUUUUGCUUUUGCAGUGGUGGAUUUAAUCUGUUUGUUGGUUUAAUGAUUAUAAUUUCUCAUACAUUGUUUAGUAAGUUAACACAACUAUUUAUCAGUGAUUUGUUGCUUGAUAUUUUUGGCAAGAAGUAAAAAUCUAAAAAGCGAUCAUGCAUGUAAUUAGCUAUCUCAAAAUCAUUUACGUUAUUUGAUGUUGUUUUCUAUAUUUUUCAUUUCAAAGCUUUUUGAAAGCAAUAUUUAUUUAUUACAGUAGAAACCCGCAUAAAAGAACCUAGAUUUUUUUCUGGCAGCCUGAAUAGGUUCUUAAUAACCAGGCUGCUAUUCUAAAUUCCAGUCUAAAAGGUUCUUAACAGGGUUCUUAUAUACGUACAGGCCUUGCAUACAUUAACAAUGUUUUCCACCGCAAGAAUUCUAAUGGACACACUUAAACCAGCUUUUUUUAUGUUAGAUUUCAACCAAUCUAACGAAUUUGUGUUGUUAGUUUGUCCAGUUAGAAUGCAACAUACCAUAACCUGAUUUAUUCUAAAAAACCCUUUUUUCUUAUAAUAUUUAUAUAAGAACCUUUCCAAAUUUCAGCUGCCUGGGGGUUCUUAAUUAUAGGGUUUUAAAGGUUAAAUUUCAGCCUCAAUGUUCUUAUAAAAACAGUUUCUACUGUACUGAUAAUUCUAUUUUACAAUACGAACUCUGCUUAAUGUUAACAGGUUCGCCCAGAAAUAGAGCGAUAUUAAUCUGGACAAUUGAUAUUUUCAAUACUAGAUAAAUGUGAUACAAAUAGCCCCAGUUUUAUGUGUAUUUAAGGCCUCCUGAGCUAAUACAACCCCACACUAGACAAAUAAUAGUAUACAAGAUUGAUAGUUUAUGAACUUGAAUAGCAUUCAAGGUAAAAAAGUCUAAAUGCAGUAACAGUAGUUAAUAAAUCUUGCACCUCUUUGUAUAAGUUUUGUUCUUGAACGUAAUUUCGAGAAAAGUGAAUGCAUUCAAUUGAGUAAUGGAAAACUUUUUCCUGAGCUUCACAUGGAAUCUGAACUUUAAAAGAUAACAUCAGCUUAUUUAAGUAUAUUUUUUAUUAAAUUAGAUAUCUUUUUUGUUAACUUUACUUUCUUCUUUAUCUUGCUACCAUAUACUAAUUUAUUUUUCUACGCACUACAAUGUAUGUUAGUAUAAGGUGUAAUUGUUGUAUUUAAUUGUAACGAAACAUUCCAAAACGAGUUAUCUAUAUCGUUUUUCACUAUCAAUUAGGUAUCCGUGGAUACCCUCAGGUACUCAGCAAAAAAUACGAAAGAAGACAGGGGUGCUUUUUGGAAAGUAAUUGAUCCAUAAAUAUGCCCUUGUCCCCCCCUACCCGUAAUAAAAUUUUGGAAUACAGAAAAAAGUGAAAAAGACCUUUUACUAAAACGAGUCUUCAUUCUCGCUUAUCAUGCGAUUCAAAGAUUGCCCACUUGAGAGGUCUGGGACCCAACUUCACUGUCUCCCACUGCCUGGAGAUUUCGAGAAUUCAACUGAACCUAAUUGGAUCAAUCAAUGACAUAUACUAUUUAUGAAAGAAGAAUACUUUUUAGAAGAAACUGAAAUUCAUAGAUGUUCUUUGAAGGAUUAUGAUUGAUAAAAACUAAACCAAUCAAAGGUGCCUUCUUUUUUAAUGGUUGAUUUCUCCCGCAUUGUCAUCAAAGUUUGAAGAGAGAUAUCAAAUUGAAAUAAGUGGGCAGGGGAUCACAAAGUUUGCUGCUUCGAAGUUUCCACUCUUUAUUGAAAUCAGGUAAAAAAUUUGUAGGUUAGCGUAUCACCUAGGGUACCCUGGGAACCAGACUCACUUUAUAUAAAAAAAGAGUUUGGUACCCAGAGUAAAACCUAGGGUAGAUAUUGAAAGAUUCACGCAAGCCACCACAGAAUAUUAUAAUGCUACCCAGCAUGUGAUUAGAGUUGGAUCUAAGGUUUUACAUACUUUUAAUUGCAUUCUAUUUCAGCUUGGUAGGUCUUUCAGUUAAAAUCACUAGUUUUUAUAUAACUUGUCAAAAGUUUAAAAAUUGGUCCCAACUUCAUAUUCUAGAUUUAUAUCAGGUGUUAACAGAAUUUAUUAUCGUUUAUAAGUUAAUUUCUUGAGAUGUCCCCUUUCCCCCAAAAAUCUUGAAAAGCUAAAGGUAAUUGCAAACUUUUCGGUUCCCAAUGGCAUAGUAAACAGAGCUCAACAAUCAUUACAACAAAAUAUCUUGAUGCAAAAUAACAUAUAUAUUGGCAGGCCAGGAUGCAAAAUUCAUGGCCAAGGUCUUUCACUUCUCGGUCUCUCCUCCACCUCAACUCCAACCAACCCUGCUGCCCAACUCAUUAUUCUAAAGGAUUUUAACUCACUUUGCAGGAUAAAGAAUAGUAAACUCUUUCUGGCUUUAAAUU